GUAAGAUUGACGUGGAAUGUCAUUUUUCCUUUUACACAUAGAUGGUCUGAUCCUAUCCAUUAGAAUUCAAUGAGCCACCUUAGGUUGUCAAAAUGUAAACCCUAAUUUUAGUUAUUCUUUAUAAAUAGUUCUUCUAAUUUCCAUACUAUUGCAUCAAAACAAAUCAUCUUCUUCUCUCCUCCUCUUUUUCAUAACCUUUUCUUCUUCCUCCUAACUUUAAUACCUUCAAAGAUUUACCUUUUUUCUUAAAAAAAAAAAAAAAAAAAAAUUGUAUAAUGGAUCACUCUAGUGGAAAUAUUUCGACAAAAUUUCUUUUGGUGAAUUAGAUGCGCUUUUAUUUUUCCGCUGAAUAAAUACAAUUUUCAAUCUGACAGAUGCAAAUUAAAAAUGCAAGGGUUAUUAUCUAUCAAAGUUCGUAGCGUGAUGGAUGAUGUUGCUUCUUCUUCAGGGGAAAAGAUGUAAUUGAGCAAGCUUGUGACAUAUUAGGAGUACAUGGAUGCAAACAUAAAUCGACAAUAGAUGAAAACACAAUAAAUUGCCAAUUAAAUUGGACAUCAUACAAAGAGCGACUUGACAUUUCAAAAUUAGUUUUGAGUUUCUACGAACAGUACAAAUGUCAUUGGCCAACAGAUCAAAAGAACAAACUUACCCUCAACCAAAACCAACUAUAAAAUUUUAUCACAAGUAAUACAUGCUCUUCUUCUAAAUCCUACCAAAAGGAGCUUGAACUUCUCACCUUCUUUUUUGCAUAACAUCUAUCUCUUUCAUCCUUCAUUUUCCUUCUAGAAGCCAAAAUAAUUGUCAAGAUUAACAAAAAUGGAGAAGAAAAAUGCAAUUAAAGAUGAGGCUUUGUUGCAACACCCUUAUCUUCUUGUAUUAGUUGUUGUAUUAGGGUUUAUUAUAAUGGAUCCAUUUGAAUUGGGUCCUUUGGGAGGGUAUGAAUUCAAGCCAAUUAAGAAUCAAAUUGCACCUUACAAUGAAGUAAUGAAAAAUUGGCCAAGAGACAACCAAAGUCGAUUGGGCCAACACGGUAAAUUGGAGUUUGUUGAUCAAGUUUUUGGCCCGGAAUCAUUAGAGUUUGAUAAAUUGGGCCGAGGCCCAUAUACCGGAUUGGCAGACGGUCGAGUUGUAAGAUGGAUGGGUGAGAAAAUUGGAUGGGAGACAUUUGCGACUGUGACAUCAACCUGGUCAAUGAAAUUAUGUGGAAAAGGAGUUGACUCAACAACAGCAAAGCAGUGGAAGUUCGAGCAAUUAUGUGGGCGCCCAUUGGGCCUUAGGUUCGAUCAAGAAACAGGAAAUUUGUACAUUGCUGAUGCAUAUUAUGGGCUUCUUGUUGUUGGGCCUGAAGGAGGUCUUGCUACUCCUUUGGCAACCCAUGUUGAUGGAGAUCCCAUACUUUUUGCAAAUGAUCUUGAUAUUCACAAAAAUGGCUCCAUUUUCUUCACUGAUACUAGCAAGAGAUACAAUAGAGUGCACCACUUCUUGAUAUUAUUGGAGGGAGAAGCCACUGGUAGGCUUCUAAGAUAUGAUCCAUCUACCAAAGAAACACAUGUUGUAUUGGAUGGUUUGGCUUUUCCUAAUGGAGUUCAAUUAUCAAAAGAUCAAACUUUUCUCCUCUUUACUGAAACUACUAAUUGCAGGCUUAUGAAGUUGUGGCUUGAAGGCUCAAAAACAGGACAAGUAGAGGUGGUAGCAAAUUUGCCAGGAUUUCCAGACAAUGUAAGACUAAACGAAAAGGGUGAAUUUUGGGUAGCAAUAGAUUGUUGUAGGACAGCACCACAAGAGGUGAUGAUCAACAACCCAUGGCUAAGGCGAAUGUAUUUUCGGCUGCCACUACCCUUGAAGAUCCUGGCUAGGCUAAUGGGGAUGAAGAUGUACACGGUGAUUUCACUCUUCAAUGAGGAUGGGAAGAUCCUUGAAGUGUUGGAAGAUAAACAAGGUGUGGUGAUGCAAUUAGUGAGUGAAGUUAGAGAGGUUAAUGGUAAACUUUGGAUAGGUACUGUGGCUCAUAACCACAUUGCUACUCUGCCUUACCCUGCAUUAGUUUAAGCCAAAUUAGAUGUGGUUUUGUUCAUGUUUUUUUAAAAGGAGAGUGUUGUGUUGUUGUUUUAGAAUUUCAUGUAAGAGCUUAAUUCAUUAGAUUUUAGAGGGAUUGUUUGAAUAAAUUAAUCAUUGUACGUA